AUGGACGAGAUAAACCCCAAACCGUCCCCUGUCCCUGCGGACGAAGAUUAUCGACCUCCUCUACCGCCUCGGCCAUCCACGAACGCCACUGAAACGGGAUCUUUACAGGGUCUGGCGACUACAGCAAUAACUCCUGUCGAAAUACAAACACUAUCCUUUCCCGAUGGAUCUCGAGGGACAUUUUCGACUACUGGCCCCGAGUCUCGUCCGAGCCCCGCUGGGAGCGGUCGUGCUUCUCCCAGCCGCCAUGAUAGCAGUGCCAGCGGUGAAGCGGAUGAGACAGCCAGCCUAAUGAGUUUCGCACCGACAAUGCGACCUGCUGGGGAUAUCGCAAGUUUACUUGUUGGAGAGCUACAUAAGAAGAGCCCUGCCUGGAAAAUGCUGCGCACUCAAUCAGCGUCUGUUCUUCCUUUCGAGAAAGGCAGAAUAGGCGCAGACGACCGAUUUGUCGAGUUCCAUCGCGAGUUUGACGCCCUUCCGGAGGAGUACGACGAAGAUGCCGAGGAGGGGAUGUUACGCUUAUGGAAGUCGAAAUUGAAACAUUACUUGAUCCUAUCAUCAGCCGGAAAGCCUAUUUGGAGCCGAUAUGGAGAUUUGAGUCUAAUCAAUUCCUCCAUGGGCGUCGUUCAAACGAUUAUCUCAUUCUACGAAGGGGCCAGGAAUCCGCUUCAAGCGUUUUCUGCUGGAGAGACUCGAUUUGUUAUCUUAACCAAAGGCCCGCUCUACUUUGUCGCUAUCAGCAAGUUGGGCGAAAGUGAUUCGCAAAUACAAGGACAGUUGGAUGCGCUAUAUAUGCAAAUCCUGUCAACGUUAACGCUGCCCAGAUUGACGCACAUAUUCGCCAACAGACCUUCGACAGAUUUGAGGAAACCCCUUCAAGGAACCGAGGGCCUUUUGUCGUCGUUGGCUGACACAUUUACCAAAGGCUCGGCAUCGGCUUUACUUGGUUCACUGGAGUGCCUUCGGCUUCGAAAGUCCCAACGACAUGCUAUAAAUAACACUUUUCUGAAAUUGCGAACUGAAAAGUUGUUAUACGGCCUUAUCGUGGCCGGGGGGAAGCUUGUCAGCGUCAUCCGGCCCCGUCGUCAUUCACUUCACCCCAGUGAUUUACAGCUCAUUUUCAAUAUGCUUUUUGAAAGCGACGGCAUCAAAGGUGGCGGCGGCGAGAAUUGGAUUCCCAUUUGUCUUCCGGCUUUCAACAACAAAGGUUAUCUCUACAUGUACGUCAGUUUCUUUGACGGUACUUCUGGUGAGCAAGCCAGCUCUCCAGCUGCAGCACAGGGGCGCUCGUCGGAAGAAGAAAUCGCCAUGAUUCUCGUAAGCACUGAUCGUGAGAGUUUCUUUGAGUUGAAACAGAUGCGCGACAACGUUGCCCAGCAGCUUGCAAAGAAUGGGACACUGGCGAUCAUUCAGAAUGCUACUCGCACUGGCCGGCCCAAGAUCCAUGAGAUUGCUCCUGGCAGCCAGGUUAGCCACUUUCUUUAUAAAUCUCGGGCUAACGUGCAGUUUUGUAUGGCGUCACUGGAGCCACAGUUCACCGGGCUUGUCGCACGCAGGAGGUUAAUGACGACCUACCAUGAGCUGCACGCAUCUAUUCACGCCAAACAUUCGCAUCUUAAGGUGUUGCAUGCGGUGGGAGAUGAUGCAACUUCACUGGCAUGGACCACGCCCGUUUUCGAGUUUUAUUGUGUGGCAGGGCCUAACGUAUCAAGAGCAACCAUUGCACAGGGGGCAAACAAGAUCAUUCAAUGGGCAAAGAGGGAGGAAGAGCGCCUUUUUAUUAUUGGUGGCGGUGUGUUCUGA